AUGGACAUAAUAACCCGCAAUCGCUCAAUAAUUGACGAACAAAUUCGGCACCGACCGAUAAAGAUAACAAGAACUUCCAAUAUUAAGUCAACGUAUCUCCUGUUAUGACACCUUUCUAGACCUUUUCCAUAAUUACCACCGAUAUGUGAUAAUUACCCAUAAGAUCCGAGACUACAUACGCAUUACGCUCAUUUGAUUUAUACUUGGUAGAGCUACGUAUUUCUGCAAGUCUUAUCAUACCGGCCGCAAAAUGAAAGUAGGUAUUAUUGAAGGUGGGGGCCGUCCGCUCAUCGAGGUACGUUUUGUAUAAAUCUAGAGCCAGUGACUAAGCGAAGUCCUUGUGAACGUACAGAACAAUUUUUGAUACGUUAUUUGUUGAGAGAAAUACGCUUGUGUACGCUACAGAGCGUUAUCUGCAGCAACGAACACCUAUCACAUCUCUCAUGCACGUAAAACUUUACGGAAAAGUAAAACUUGGCGAAGUUCAUAAUUGCGGGAAUAACAUACGGCAGAUUGGGCUAACAUCUAUUAGUAGAUUUGCAGGGGAGAAUAACAAAGACGAUGGAGUCAGCCGUGAUAGGGUUGCUCUUGCUGAUGGGGUCGGCUUCGGCGUGGAACGUGACCUUCUCUUCUCCGAAUGUGACGAUCCACAUGCACGAGACAUUGUGCGUACCCUUUUCCGCCCCAGUCAACGCAGCGGACAUCAUCGAUGGAAUUUUGACGGCGAGUUCGUCCCGGGACUCGGUUGCUAGCGUCCCUAACUUGCCGGUUUUGGAUCCGAGUGACGUCGAAGACUCUACCUGGAAGAGCUGUCUCAACAUUACCGCAAACUUCCUCGGUCGAGCGGAUGUAGUUAUUUCCAUAGCUUCUUCUGCGGGCAACAAAAGUUCCGAAGCCCUCGAGGUCAUCGUAAUUCGCGAGGAGCGCGUUAUAGAUACGCUAUUUACGGUCUGCGUAGCGGUGCUCGUCUCCGUCCUGUACAUCAACUUCGGCUGUGCUAUGGACUGGGACAUCUGUCAGCGUACGUUAAAAAAACCCGUUGGUCCCACGAUCGGAUUUUUUUGUCAAUUUCUCUACAUGCCUUUGCUGAGCUACGUUAUCGGGCUUAUACUCUUUCCUGACGAUGCUGAGAUGCGCAUAGGGAUGUUCUUCUCAGGAGUAAGUCCAAGUGGCGGAGCCUCCAACAUCUGGACCGCACUAUUGGAUGGAAACCUCAACUUGUCCGUUACAAUGACUACCAUAAGUACCCUGGCUGCAUUCGCCAUGAUGCCGUUGUGGAUCUUCACCCUUGGCAGAUCGAUAUUCCAUAAGGGAGAUCUCGUAGUUCCGUACUCUAAGAUAGCAAUGUUUGCGGUUUCACUGAUCGUCCCACUGGCUAUUGGAUACAUAAUACAGAAAAAGUUGCCCAGGGUCUGCAGGCUUCUAGUCAGGAUUCUAAAACCGUUCUCAAGCCUGCUUAUCCUAUUCAUCAUCGUCUUUGCAAUCGUCACGAAUCUCUAUCUUUUCCAGCUGUUUUCGUGGCGGAUAAUAGUUGCUGGUAUUGGGCUUCCAUGGCUUGGCUAUUUAUUCGGCAUGAUAGUCGCUUGGGUUCUGAAACAGCCGCGUCCGGACAUCACGGCAAUCUCGAUCGAAACCGGAGUGCAGAAUACCGGAAUAUCCAUCUUCCUUCUCCGGUUCUCGCUUCCUCAACCAGCAGCGGACCUGACAACCAUUGCGCCGGUCGCGGUGGCGAUAAUGACCCCGAUCCCGAUGACAAUAUGGUUCAUUGGUAAAUUGAUCAACGAUCGGCGAAAAAAGUCCUUGGCUGCUUCCUCGGAGAAGCUGCGAAGCUCCGCGGAUCCGAUACCGACCAUCGCCGACGCUGAUAAGUCCACACGGACUGAUGGGAGUGCUUGAUUGGCAGAUCUUUGUCGGCGGCCGAAAGACACAACGUAUCAAAAUGGAUUUAACGCAAAGCUAUUUGAAAUUGUUGUUUCACAGAUCUCGGCUCGCCACAUCUCACCUGCCAAGGGUCGUAUCACGCGGACACAAUGAGCAGAGGCUGCUCACUAUUUGGUCGUUUUUUUGUAACACGAAGCAUUUUUGGAGUGUUCCCUGCACCGGUACGAUACGUACUUAACCAUCCAAACGCCCUGUGUUUGCAUUUCAUAUCCAUCCCUAGCCCUUCCUCCAAUAAUGCACAGAUAAAGAUUUCGAGAAUGAAUUUUAAAAUGCGAUUGUGUAUCGAGUAGAUAUCUAGCAGGAGUAGUUAAAAUAUGUACCUUAUAUGGUCAGAUUAAAUAACCUGGGACCUACGGUUUUAGCAACUCUCGGACCCGAAGAGUUCAGGUUGCGACUGAGGGGUGAUUUUCCCCAUAACUGAUACUUAUAUUGUUGUAAUCUAAAUUGUAGCGAGUGCGUCGCGAAUGCGGACUUGAAGUAGGAUUAUAAUUUCCCAAUUCGAAUGAGAUCCCCUACCUGUAAAAAAAAUUAGUUAUAUGUUUUGAAAUCCCAACAGUAAAAGUGCCUUCUAUUUUUUUAAUUUCCAAAUCGCAUUGUAUACAACAAAUUUUACUGUUGUACAGCAAGCUAUUGUACAGACAAUAAUUGAUGUAGAUUAACAGCAUUUAUCGCCGCGCUCUUUUAGAUAAGUAUUUAGGCAUAAGUAUUUUGAUGUUUAGUCAUAUAUGAGAUGUAUAUAUUAAACGUUGAUUUUUUUAUUACCGAAA